GUCAAUUUAAUUUAUUAUUUUUGCUAUUUAAAUCUAUUAUAUUUUUUGCAUGCGUAUUCAUUUUAUAAAUUAUUAAAUAAUAUGUAGAAAUUAGUGAAGUGAUGAAGUUUAUAUUAAUAUACAUAUUAUGUACAUUCAUGACAGUUAAUUGAAUUAUUCAAUAUUUUAACAUUCUGUUAAAAAUGAGUGAAAAUCAUCCAUCAACUUCUAAGAACAUACAAAGCGAAGAUGAAAACUCAGAUAUUGAAAUUCCACCGACAUUGGACAUAACAAGUGAAGAUUUUAAUCCUGAGGAGGCUUUAUAUUCUAAUAUUUUGAAACCUAAAAAAAUUUCUUUCAAACAAUAUAGUAAUGUUGCACAAUUUGAGUCAGCUUUGACAAGAGUAGGAAUUUUGGAAGUAGGAAAAAAACAAAAACCAACGAAACAAAAUGAAACGAAACAAGGUGAAUCUAGUGUAUCAGAGACACAAACCAAAUCUAAAAAUAGUGGUGCAGAGACAUCUAUGCGGCGUUUUGAAGAACAUCAAAUGCCCAUCACUGGUAGAAAACUGCAAACGAGACAUCAAAGAAAUUUAAUAAAAAAAAUGGAAGAUUAUAAGAGUGGUCCUUUCAGCAUUUUAUAUGAUUCAUGGAAAUCUCAGAAGAAAAUUAUAGUUUAUGUUAGGAAACAGCAUGGUGUACGUGGUUAUAUAUUGGGUUAUUUACUCGGUUUUGAUAAACACAUAAAUUUAUUAUUACAAAAUUGUUAUGAAAUAUGGAAACGUAGAAAAUUUGAUUUUAGUUCAAAUAAUGCAACAUUAGGUACACCAACGAAUUGUUCAAAAAGAUUAAAAAAAUUAGGUAUUAAAAUACCAGAGAAUGAAAUAAAAAGUUUAAAUAGAAAGUAUGUUGUGGUAAAAAGAAAAAUUGAUCAAAUUCUUGUACGUGGUGAACAAAUUUGUCUUAUUAGAUUUGCUAAUGCUAACGAUGAGGAAAAAUUAAAUAAAUCUUUCUCUAAUUUCGCUACAACUGGUAGCCUUAUUAAUUUAGGUUUAAUUUGCCAUCUUCCUAGCUCUUAUGGCUUAGGAGUUAUAAAAAAAAAUGAAGUAGCGCAAUUGUUUUUUAUAACUUCUUUCAAUUUUCAGUGUACAAGUACUCAAAAUUUAAAAUUAUUAACAAAAUUAUGGUAUUUGCACGACAGUUAUUUGAGUUAUAUUGAAGAAAUGCCACAGGAAAGUUUGCAUUACAAAUUAAGAGCUACUGCAAUAGCUGCGAGAAGAUGUUGCGAUAUGAAAGAAGCCUUUUUAAUGCUAAACAUGGAAGUAAAAAGAGUAGGUCUUAAGAUUAAUGAAAAUAAAACUAAAUUUUUGAAAAUGUCCAGAAAUGCAAGACGAAGACAACCACAAGAUAUACUAAUACAGGACUAUUUAUUCCAAGGAGUGGAAAGUUUUAAAUAUCUCGGUGUUGUUUUAUCCAAUGAUAAUAGCAUAAAAACAUGUAUACAGGACCGAAUUAAAGCAGCGGAGGAAAACCAUCUAAGAAUCUUCGAACGAAAAAUACUGAGGAAAAUAUUUGGUGCAAUAAGAUUAGAAAACGGAGAAUAUAGACGUAGAAAUAAAAACGAAAUUAAUGAUCUUAUUAAAAAUGAAGACAUAAUACGUUUUAGUAAAUCGCAACGUUUAAGGUGGACAGGACAUGUUGCGCGAAUGAAUGAAAAUUUGCCACAAUAUAGAAUUUUACAAAGCAGACCUACAUUUAAUCGCAACAGAGGAAGGCCAAGAACGUGA